AGAAACCAGGGUCAGAGUAUAUUUCUCUUUCACUUGUCAUGUCAGUUCAAGCUUAAAUGUGUAAUUUCACUUGAAGCAUUAAUUUCCCACUCGACUAUAUUACAGUAUAUUUAUGACAAUAAUGAGUACAUUUUAUAAAAUUAUCUUUUUAAAGUGUAUUUAUAAUAUGUCUUUACAGUGCAAGUACUUUUAAGAAAAUAAGCACAGAAAGUAUCACGACCAUGCUGGUAGGACUAGAUGAAUCAACCUGAAAUGGAUUGGCAAAUCCAUCAAACAGAUCUCCGAUCACGAUUCAAACAAGUGUUCAUCCAUAGCCAUUGGACUGAUUGUGCGUUCAGAGUGGGAAAUGAAGAGACUGAGAUUAUAAGAGGUCAUAAAGUGGUCUUGGCUGCGAGUUCACCAGUAUUUGAAGCGUUAUUCUAUGGAACUCUGGCUGAAAAGAAAGAGAUCAUAGAUAUACCUGACCUGGAACCUGACACAUUUAGCCUUCUCCUCAAGUAUAUGUACUAUGACAGCACAGAGCUGGACAGUAUAGAGGUGGCAGGUCAGCUGUUAUAUGCCGCUAGGAAGUACAUGAUGCCACACCUGGUACGGGCCUGUCUGGAUUACCUGUUAGAACAGACAUGUAUCAACACGCUGUGGCAGGUGCUUGCUAUAGCGGAGGACAUGCACGAGGAUGAGCUGCUCGCCUCCUGUCUUAAGGUUAUGUGCCAGUAUCCAGGGGAGAUGUGGGUGAACAAUCAUGAACACAUGGGCCUAGGAACUCUUAGCAAUCUAUUAGACCAGCCAUCCACCAACCUGUUGGAGGUAGAGCUCUGGGAACUGAUGGUCAGAUGGGCCAGAGAUCAGUGUCUGCGGCGCACUCUGGCACCGUCCCCGACCAACCAGCGUGCCUUAAUCACUCAGGCAGGAUUGUUAGGCAAGAUACGCUUUCUCACCCUGACAUUGGCCGAGCUUACAGAGAUGGUGGAGCCAACAGGGUUGCUGAGCCAGGAGGAGAUGAGAGUUCUACGUCAGACCAUCAACAAAUCCAGUUCACCCUCCGCCCUGCCGAGUGGUUUCAACUCCACACGGGAGAUGAGGAAACGUUUCAUGUCGAUCUCCAGUCGGUGCACAAGACACUGUUUGACCAAGAGGAAAAAGUACACUUACGGAGGGACAGUGAUGUCCACAGUGAGUGUGGAUAGCCGGAUCUUGGUUACCGGAUUUGAAGUGUUCACAAGAAUCGCGACCUCUUCCGAUUACAUCAUGGGCCACGGCUGUGUGAGCCACUAUGUGGAAAAUCUAGUCGUGACUUUGAGUGAUUCAGAAGGAAAUGUGAUCGACAAAACCAAAGUGAGCGGAGUUGUAGCUUUCUUCAAUGUGACUCAAGAGGUCAACUUGUCACGACCUGUGUGGUUUUUACCCCAACACGAGUACACUGUGACAUUUGAGCUUUCCCCGGGCCAGUACCCACUCAGCGAUUUGGCUUCCAUAGCCUUCUCCAAAUCCGUGUGUUUCCGCUUCAGACAGUGUAAACAGUGUGAUGAGAUCAACAGUGACCUGGAUGUUAGCUUUAUAAAUAGUGUUAUAUUUAAUGUGUGAGCAAAACUGUGUUAUCGAAUAUAGGUAUAAGAGGUGAGAAGAUUAAUAUAAAUAUUUGUUAAAAUUUCAGAUUGUUUAAGAGGAACAAUUGUUUAGGUAAGUUCUGUUAAUUAUUUCACGUUCAAAGUUUUAUUACAAAUAAAUUUAAUUUAAUACUGUUCAUAACAGUGCUGAUCAUUUAAGAUUGAUUCGGCCAAAGGUUAUUUUUAACUAUUAAUUUUUAUCUUGAGAAGAUACUAUUCACAAGAACGCUGCGGCAAAUGUUCUUGUACAUACCCUGGCCAUUAGUACUCUUCCAGUUGCCGACUGUUAUAAAUUUUUAAGGUCUGGCUCGUUAUCUCAGGAAAAACAUUAUAACCAUCCAGUAUUAUCUACAUUUUUAGAUAGUAAGACAUUUCAGCAAAGCUGACACUUACUUCUAAGCAAUGGUAUCCAGUGGAUAAAAUAUCAGGGAAAAUAGCAAUGUUUUCUGUACUUUUACAGGGUAAACUUACUUAACUCUGGAACUGAUAUGGUUAAGUUUCAAAUUAUCAUAACGACUUAAAUAUUUGUAUUAUACACGUUAAAGAAUUAAUAAAACAUUCAUGUUGAACAUAAGCAGUAUAAUAAAUAAUUUGAGUCAUUCUGAACAAGAAAAUAUUGCAUUGGGGGCAAUAUUUUGUUAUGUUGGAAAUAUCAAGGUACAGUGUACAUAACCUUUCCUCUAAUUACUGGUAUGUAGCACUUGAAUCUUUUUCAGCCAGUAAAAUAGCAAAAACACUAUAUCCGUCCAUUCAUGAUGACAUAGCUAAUAGGAGUGCUUUGUGUAUGUUAUACAAAACUUCAACUUUAUAAGGUAAGAAACAUGUGGAUGUAUAGUCUGAACUCAUAUAAGUUCUAGGGUCAAUAUUCACUCUUCCUCUAUAUGCAUGAGAAACAAUAGGAUAUAUGCAAAUAUGUUUAAUAAUUGUGAUUGAUACAAUAGUUUCUUAACUAUAAUAUUACAAAUUAUUAUUUACUUUGUGCGUGUAGCCUAACUGUCAGCACCUUAGCUUUUGUAUACAAUGUUUGGUUAAUCCGUUACUUUAUUUAUAUUUUAGAGAAUGAGAUGGACAAAGAAUAAAUUUGUACUGUAUAUUUUACGUUUUAUAAGACAGUUGAAAAUUGUUUGUAUUAGUGAAUAAUUUGUGACAAACUGUGUUUAGAAAAAUGUAAAACUGUGAAACUGCAAUAAUAUAAAAGUAUUGAAGGGCCUACCAAGAAUAUAUUAUCCAUAGACUUUGAUUUUCAAUAUAAAAUGAUGAUACCUACUUAUUGAUCACUUUCUAAUAUGUAAUUUUAUGUAUUAGGCUACAUUGACAUGAAUUGAUAAUAUACCAAACUGUGAUGUAGGCCUAAGGCAUAAAUUUGUGUAAUAAUAGAUCUGCAUGUAAAUGUUUUUAAACUGUGUGAAUAUGAUAACUGUAAGUAUACUAAAAAUUGAAAUUUAAUACUUAUACAAAAACAAGAAUAAAAAAGCCUUCAAUAUAGGUCUAAGUUAUAAUAAUAUGUUAAUAUUAUUGUUUUCACUCAUAUUUCAAUGAGCAAGUUAAAGUAUUAUUUAAAAAUGCAAAAUUAUUAUCAGGUUACAUUACACAUUAAUUAUAGUUCAUCACUCUUGUUGGUUGUUUUCAUAGAAAAUCUUGGAUUUCACAAUGUUACCUACAGGAAAAUAUUGGUUUACAAAACUUUAUGCACUCAAACCUGUCAGCCAUCUGGUAAAAUACAUCAGGAACAAUCUGGUUAGUCUUGCUUUGAUUAGCCGAGCUGAGCACUGGCUAGUUCUGACUCGAUGAACAUACUCUUUGAUGUUAUGUGGGAAGUUACAGUUUAUAAUAUGUGUGUUAUCUUGAAUAUUGAUGCCUCAGGAAGUGUCAUCGGUUGCCAGAAUCCAGAUCUUAAGAUCAUACAAGGCUCUCUCCUGGUUACUUUGUUCCCUGUCUCCAUUACAUUGCAGAUUAUUAACUUCAAUGUCAGUUCGCUUGAAAUGUCUUUUGCCAGUGGUUUCUUCUCCACAUGCACAAUCACUUUGUCCUCUGGUGUCAUGUUGUGGAAGAAUUCCAUCAACCGGUUCUCCUUCUCCUGUGGGUCUUGGUGAUCUCGAUUGUCAUGGUGACUUUGGGUGGGAGCUUACACCUGGAUAGUGUUUUGCUUGUAGGUCUGGCUAAUUUCUUCACUUCUGAUGCGACUUUGAUAAGGUGAAGUUGGAGUGGUCAUGACAGUACGAUUGUUUGGUUGGAUAUGUAAUAAGUCUUUCAGAUCUAUAGUUCAAAUCCAUUUCUCCAAACAUGCAAUCCACUUCAUCCAGCACCAAGUACAUUACAGUAUUCGGAUUCAUUACAGUAGUCUGUAUAUGAGCUUUCAUCCUGAUAAGUGUUGGUCACAUCAAAUCCACUCCUUGCUUGAAACUGUUUUAGUGCUCUCUCCAGUUCCCUUCGCUGUAAAUACAAAUUUAUUUAUCCUUCUAUAAAAAUACCUGUUGGCCUCCGUUUGUAUCUGCUCGCGGUGGGAGCCAGGAUGAGUGUAUUGGGGCCGUUAAGAGCAAGGUAUUAGUCAAUGAAUAUUGUCAGUUCAGGUUAUGCAAUUCCUAUUAUAUCCUUUCUAUGUAUCUCACUCUGCAGGACAGGGCAUACCUGACACUGAAUGGGUGAAAUCUCGUUGAAAUUGUGGUAGUAAAUCAAUUCCAGUAUGUCUGGAUAGGUAACGAAAUAUGUGACUUGCUACAGUAUUCUUCUUUUCAGGCCUAAAACUGUUGAACCAUGUUUGACUUGUGGAUUCUCUUUCUAAAACUCCUUUACAAUAGGAGGACACCUACUCCACUUCAACUUCUGCCCUCCUUUGUAUUGUCUGUUUGGUUCAUCUCAGUCAAUAUCGGUAUAAUUCACCUAUUGCAUAUUGUAAAAAGGUGUUACUGUAGCCACUUACCCCUUUGGACCAGAGCCUCUAUAUGGUUGACCUGCAUCACUACCUCCCUUUAGCUACUACAACACUCAACAGCUUCUUCUUUGGUCUUGGUUUGGCUCAUGACCGAACCAUUCAAUGUCACCUGUCUGGUCGUAAGAAGCUGUUGUUCUUCUCAAUCUUAAUAUAUGUUUAGUUACUUUCAGUGUCUCUUAUCUUGAACAACUUUUGCCAAUCCUUCCAACAUUUGGUGAAUUUAUUGUCAUUCAUGUAGAACUGCUCUCAUCUCUUGUAACAUCAUCUCUUUAUCACCUUGAUCUUCUCAUAAUCUCUAACCAUCUUUUGUCCCCAUUUUCGUUUCCAUUUCCACAACCUUUCCGUUCUAACUAAUUCCCACCAGAAUCAUGAUAAUUUGUAUCCAAUUCCCAUUGACUCCAUGACAAUUCUGCCCUAGUUUCUUUUGCCUCUCCACAAACACAUUCUUAGAUCUCUCAUCUUGCCAGAGCGGAAAUUAACUUUCACGACUAGAAUCCAAUCCAUUGUCUGUCAUAAUGUCUUGAUGUUACUUUAUGACAUUAACAAUUGAUUCUGUUUAAAACAAUUGGUGACUCUAGUUAAUCACAAAAAAGUACAACAAAGAUCCAACAAACUAUUUUUCCAGACAAAGAAAAGUUUAAAAUAAACUAACUUAGCUUGUAUUCCUCUAUUUAUAUGAAAAAUGUUACUUCACACUUAAUUUAUUCCACAUUUUUUUGAAAUACUAAUAGAUAUGUUGUGUCUUGAAGCAUUGAAGCAAAGCUGUACACGUGCAAGUUUUGGGUACUGUUACUGCAAAACCAAGAUGUGCCAAUAUCACAUAAUAUUCAAGGAAAUAAAAUGUCCAUUCCCCAGAUGUAGAAAAAUUUACCAAAUUAGUCAUACAACUAGUUUAUACGAAAGUAAAAUCUAGCUAAAAACAAAGAAUAAUUUUCUUUAAAGGUUUAUCCUUGAAUAUUUAAACAAAAAAAAUAUAAAAUUUUAACAGAUUACUCUUUGUGUUUGUAAUUUUGUUCACAUUAAUUUAGCAUUACUAAUGAAAAUACAUAAACCAAAACAGGAAGUUAUUGUGGAGUAUCAAGAAUAUUUAGAAACAUAAUGAACAACAGUGAAUGCCCAUAUCACAUGCCAAAAGCAGAAUGCACAACACAAAAUGGUACACACCGUUUAGACCAAAAAUGUAGGUUGGCAGAAUAUAUUUAUUGGCUAACAGAAAAUCGGCUAAUAGGAAAGAUGCUCUAACUGAGUGUUUUUGUGAACUACCAAAUGAGAACUUGUAUGAUACAACAGACACUGGCUCACUAUGUAAUUUUGGAUAUUUGGAGCAAAGUCUACAGUGAUGAUGUAUCUCCAUAUGGCUUAUUACUACUAGUAACCAACAGUAUUCCAGAGCAGCUUGAAAUUAUUUUGUACAUUGUAGUUAUGUACAUUGCAACUAAAAUGAGGUUGACAGCACCAAUGUCAGUCAUUUUGAAAAUAAAUUUCUUUUGACUUUUUUUAACUUUUUCUUAAAUUAAAUACUUAUAAAUUGUAAAACAUUACUUUUAUACAUUUUGAGUACUGUCAUUUAGUACUUGUAAAAUAACAAAUUGAAUGUUACUUUAUGGAAGCAAUGCUUCAUGUAUUUCAGACUAUUUGAUUGCAACUAUUUUGUAUCACCCAAUCCUAGACUUUCAAGAGGAUUUUGGUAAGAUAAAUCGCUAUUUACCGUCUCCAUCAGAAAUAAUAAUUGUUCUUUUGAUAGAGUCAAAGCAAUCUUCAUUAUGUGGGUCUACAAUUUAACAUGAAGUUUUCUGCUACAAUGAGCACUUCUACUCCUUUGCUAUAAAAAUUCACAAACCACGGUUCCAAAUUGUUUAGGGGAAGUUUUUCUUUAUUCACCUUGGUACCCUUAAGCAUUUUACCUAUAAUAACUACCUUAUGUAACAAUGUGAUGUAAUUGUUAUCAGCUUUUACAAUGUCCAUGUACAUAUACAUGUAGUUAUCAACGAGUAUUUUAGUCUGCAAAGUUUUAUAGCUUUUAUUUUGGUAUGAAAUACGAGGAAAGUGGCUUAGAAAUCUAAUUUAUCUGAAUUUCUAAAAUUCUCCAAGCUUAGAUUCAUGUUCUCAUCACAGGAUUAGGCAUUAGAUUUAUGUUUUUAUUUGGUCACUCUAGGUCAUAUUCCUAAUAAUUUUUUCACUGAGCUUUCAAUUCAAUGGUCUAGGGAUUUUUAAGAAUGUUAUGUACUGCUUGGCCCAAUUAGUGAAAAGCAAAAAAUAAAUAAUAAUCUUUGGAAAUGCUUCUUACUCUACUGGUUCAUGAAACAUACUAGCCUCAGUGGUGUUUGCAAUUUUCUGGUUGCUUAUUUUAUCAUGUAUACAACCAUAUUGUGUGAUAAAACAUAGGUACUGAGCGUUAGAAAAUUUGUCAGCAUAAAUACUGUUCUUAAACAUAGCUCUUAUUAUGUAUCAUCUCCUCUAGGCUAUCUAAUACUGAGUCUUCUUCAAGCUCAUAAAGCACAGUGAUGUUUAUCUGUAUGAAUUGUUUUAACAUUAAGUGCGUUCCGAGCAGCUGUCUUUUUAAAAUCAUAUACAUGUGUUUUUACAAAUUUUAGACGUUUUGGAUGUAAUAUUUUGAAUGAAUGGAAAAAGUUAUAUCAUAACUUUCCACACAGUCUAAGAAUAGGAGUAUUUUUAAAUACUAUUUACAGUAAAUUAAUACAAUUAUAAAUUCCACUUUAUUUUAUAAAAAGAGUAAGAUGUUACCAAGAGUGAUGAAGUGUAACAAUAAUAAUAUGUAAUGUUGGAAUUGUACUAGAAUUGAAAUGAAUGAAUCAGAUUUAGAUUUAAGAAAUGACUGUAAAAUUGAACUUUAAUAAUAUUGUUAUUGCUUAAUGUUAAUGUGUUUCAUUAAAUGGACAGAUUUUUAUUAUUUCACCACCAAAGGUUUGUUGUAAAAUUAAAGUUUAAUACAAUUCUUAAA